AUGGUCCUCCGGUCACAGACAAGGAGGCCAAGAAGUUCCCAAAGGCAGCGCUAUUUUGGCCUCGCUACGUUUGGCGCCCGGUUCUGCGAAACAUGGGAGAUCAGGUUUCUCUACAGAGGAACAAUGAAGUCUACGGAAUCUCCGAAAGAUGUCGCGGCGGUGGCCAAGGGCUGGAGCAGCAGAGACGUCCGCAUCUUGUUCCUUAUCGUGGUGACCUUCGUUUUGAUUGUCGUCGUCAUGGUGCCCCUUCGCACCAACGGCGGCAUGGCUUUCCUCAAUGAGAAGCCGCAGGUUUUGGACCCAAACUGCCGCGGAGGUCUUGGCGGGCCAGAGUGCGCGCAAGAGGCGUACUGGCAGCGCACGUCGGAGAGCCUUUCUCGCUGGCGGGGUGGCUUGUUUCCGCGAAUGGCGGCGCUGUAUCGUGAAAGCACCCAAUGCAACAAAACGGCGUGUCCUAAAAAGCCGACGGAGCCCUUAGGCCACAAUCGCUUCUCUUUGUUCCAGCCCUUCGUCGACUGCCCCCCGGGCAUGCCGCUCAAGCGGUGGGGAGCAAAGGGGGAUGGCGGCAAGUGGCUCUGCGGCGUCGAGGUCCUGAAGGAGGGGUGCGUAAUUCUUUCGCUCGGGAGCAACGGUCACUUCGACUUUGAGGAUGCGAUGCUCGAGAACACGCCCUGCGAGGUGCAUACUUUUGAUUGCACGUAUGACGGGGCUAGCCGAGGCCCGCGCCAUCGUUACCACAAGCAGUGCCUGGGAAGCCCGGAAAAAGGGGCGGAAGACCCGGCGUUCAUCACGCUUGCACAUGCGGUGCGGGACAAUGAGAUCAAGGAAGUGAGCUUGCUAAAGAUGGAUAUCGAAGGGUUCGAGUACGAUGUGAUGUCGCUGUGGCAGGAUAGCGAUCCGUUGCCCGCGCAAGUGUCGUUUGAACUGCACUACGGUGGUGUGUAUGACGGCACUUGGCCGGGCCCCAAAGCCAAGACUGUCAUGUGGAGUUGGCGGGAUGUGAGCUUGAGCGAGUUGGUAGUCUUUAUGUCGCACUUGGCAGAGUUGGGGUAUGCGAUUAUCAACAAGGAAGAUAACCCGCUGUGCCGCCAUUGCAGCGAGUUCACAUUGAUCAGGGUAAGGCGAUAGAGGGGGGGACCUUAGAAGAAAAGAAAUAGUAAAAUUCCACCGACGUACACACGGCAAAGAUAUGUGUUAAGCCAGAAAUUUUUCGAAAGUGUUUGCAGCAGCGGCUGUUUAUUGUCGU